AUGGUAAAACUGGUGCCCCUCUUCAGGAGAACUGAUCCCAGCUUAUUAUUAUGCAACCGCAAGGAUCUCUUCUUUCUCAGGGUGUAUAAGCUGCUGGAUUGCUUUUCGCCCAAAUCAAUGUGGUUUCUUUGGAACAUUUUCAGCAAAGGAUCGCAUAUGCUGCAGUGUCUUUGUGGCAAGAGUCUUAAGAAAAACAAGAACUCAACUGAUCCCCAGCUCAAGGGUAUAGUGACCAGGUUAUAUUGCAGGCAAGGCUACUACUUGCAAAUGCACCCCGAUGGAACUCUCGAUGGAACCAAGGAUGACAGCAGUAAUUCUACUCUAUUCAACCUUAUACCAGUGGGACUACGAGUUGUCGCUAUCCAGGGUGUAAAGACAGGGUUGUAUAUAGCCCUAAAUGGAGAAGGUUUCCUCUACACAUCAGAACUUUUUACACCGGAGUGCAAGUUUAAGGAGUCCGUUUAUGAAAAUUAUUAUGUAAUCUACUCAUCCAUGCUCUACAGACAACAAGAGUCGGGUAGGGCCUGGUUCCUGGGGCUUAAUAAGGAAGGGCAGGUCAUGAAAGGAAACAGAGUGAAGAAAACAAAACCAGCAGCUCAUUUUCUACCCAAGCCAUUGGAAGUUGCCAUGUAUCGAGAACCAUCCUUGCAUGAUGUUGGAGAAACAGUGCCAAAGGCUGGGGUAACUCCAAGCAAAAGCACAAGUGCAUCUGCAAUAAUGAAUGGAGGCAAACCAGUUAACAAGAGUAAGACGACAUAG